CCCAAUUUUCACAUGAACAAAUCACCCUUUGUCAGCCGAUCUCAAAAUUAGUCAUCGGUGUGCCAUAUUACAUCUAUCAGUUUGAAGAAUCUGAUCAAAAUAACAAUGGCCGGAAGAUUGAGCAAUGUGGCGUCUCAGAUUAUGGGCGGAAACGGCGUCGUUGGCCGCUCUGUGGCAUCUUCUCUUCGUCUCCGCUCCGGUAUGGGCUUACCAGUUGGCAAACAUAUCGUUCCCGAUAAGCCUCUCCCUGUAAAUGACGAGCUGAUGUGGGAUAAUGGAACUGCAUUCCCUGAACCCUGUAUUGAUCGCAUAGCUGACACUGUUGGAAAGUAUGAAGCACUUGGUUGGUUAUGUGGUGGAUUGGGAUUUUUUGCAACUCUUGGAUUGAUGGCUACCUUGAACGACAAAGCUUCUAAGAUACCAUUUACUCCAAAGGUGUUUCCAUAUGAUAACCUCCGAGUGGAGCUUGGUGGAGAACCCUAGGAGGAAGUGGGUGUCUGUUUGUUUGCAUUUGGUGUUUGACCUGAUAACAAAUAAUGUAUCAUCUUCACUUUUGAACAAGCAGUUGAGACUAUUUGUGAUUUCUCCAUUUUGUAAUGGGAAAGUUUGUAUUUUCUUCUAUGUAAUAAAUAAUCCACAUCAACCAAAAUACUAAAGUGAAAUAUACCAUCUUCUUCAACAUUCC